GCAGUUUCAAGGCAUGCCUUGGUGACGAUAUCAAGCGAUACUUGGCUUUAAUGAAGCUUCAUUUUAUGGGUUAGAAGGAGAAACUAUCAUGGAGGAGGCUUGGCAGUACACUUGUAAAUAUCUUAAAGAGCUUGACAUUAAGGCUAUGGACACCAAUAUGGCAUUGCAGGUGAAGCAUGCACUGGAUCUUCCUCUUCAUUGGCGGGCACCAAGAGCAGAGACAAGGUGGUUCAUAGAUUUCUAUGAGAGACGAGGAGACAAGAACCACCUUCUACUCGACCUUGCCAAAUUAGACUUCAACAUUGUGCAAGCAAUACACCAGGAAGAUCUUAAAGACGCCAUGAGGUGGUGGAGGGAUACUGGUCCUGGAAAUUUAAGUUUUGUGAGGAACAGAUUGGUAACAUCAUAUUUAUGGGCUGUGGGGACAGCUCAUCAACCGCAGUACUCAUGCACCAGGAAAAUCAUUGCAAAGGCCAUUGCCUUAAUUACUGUGAUUGAUGAUAUUUAGGAUGUCUAUGGCACC